GAAAUGCUCUGGUCGUCCUGUGCCCGCUGAUCCCGGGAACCUCUGGCAAGGUGGUCUCCAUGAACCUCCUCCUCUAUGCCAGCCUCGUGAUGACUGCCUUCAGCAAGCCUUGGCGAGCCAUGCCCUGCAACUUCCUUGACAUGGCCUUGAUCACAGGCAUGUUGGUGAUCCUGGACAUGGGUUCCCUCUUCGUGGGCGAAGUCGACGGCGGUGUGACCAUGGUCAUCU